CCGGCAGAGGCGCGUAUUUAUUUGAUCACAUGACCAUUCUCGAAUUAGGUUUAAAUAACAGAACCUUCUUAAUAUUAAGGACAGAAAAUGACGUAGCCCGAAUCACACUUAAAAGCAAGUAUCACAGCCUAGUUAUAUGUGGACCGAGAGAGACAUCUUAGGCAAGAAAGGAAAUGCAAGAGAUUUUCGGGAAGAACGGAACAGAAACGGCCGAGCCUGUAAAAGCGACUAUUUCAGGCUGCCUCCCUGACUGGUUGCAGGGCACACUGUUGCGUAUUGGACCAGGAAUGUUCAACGUGGGAGACACCAGUUACAACCACUGGUUUGAUGGGAUGGCUUUGAUCCACAGCUUUACCUUCAAAGAUGGUGAAGUUUAUUACCAGAGUAAAUUCCUUAACAGUGAGACCUACAGGAAGAAUAUGACAGCCAACAGGAUUGUGGUUUCUGAAUUUGGAACUAUGACGUAUCCAGAUCCUUGUAAGAACAUUUUUUCAAGAUUAUUCAGCCAUCUAUCCAAUAUAAUCCCUGACUUCACAGAUAAUAAUUUAAUAAACAUAAUAAAGUAUGGGAAGGACUAUUACACCUCAUCAGAAGUGAACUACAUUAAUAAAAUUGAUCCAGAAACCCUCAACACAACAGGGCGGGACAACUACAGGAAUCAUAUUACUCUGAACCUGGCCACGGCACAUCCUCACUAUGAUGACGAGGGAAACACCUUCAAUAUGGGGACAUCCAUCAUUAAACUUAGCCAACCUAAUUAUGUCAUAUUCAAGGUGCCAGCCAAGGCUUCAGGUAAAUCAAGCAAGAACUCAGUUCUUAAGAAUGUGCAACAAGUAUGCUCAGUGCCUUGUCGCUCCAGAUAUUACCCAAGCUACUUCCACAGCUUUGGGUUGACUGAGAACUACAUCAUCUUUAUUGAGCAGCCGUUUAAACUGGACAUCAUUAAACUGGCUACAGCCUAUUUCAGAGGGUUCAGCUGGGCAAGUUGCCUCAAGUAUGACAAAGAUGACAUCACAUUAAUCCAUCUGGUCGACAGGAAGACCGGCAAGGCCGUUUCCAAAAAGUUCUACGCAGAUGCGCUGGUGACGUUUCACCAUAUCAAUGCCUUUGAAGAUGAAGACCACGUUGUCUUCGAUAUAAUCGCCUACAAAGACAGCAAACUAUAUGACAUGUUCUACUUGAGCAACUUAAUGAAAGAGACCGACCAAUUCAUUGAGACUAAUAAGAUGUCCUCUCCACCAGUAUGCCAGAGAUUCAUCUUGCCCCUCAAACCCAACAAGGGUGUAACAGCUGGAACCAACCUUGUGAAACUUGCCGGCACCAAGGCCACAGCUGUACAGCAAGAGGACGGCUCAGUGUACUGCAAACCCGAAGCUUUAUUUGAAGGGUUGGAACUGCCAAGAAUUAACUACAAAAUGAAUGGCAAAAUGUAUCGUUACUUUUAUGGUUCGAGGGUCGAGUGGUCGCCACAUCCAAAUAAGAUCGGCAAGGUAGACAUUGUCACCAGACGAUGUGCUGAGUGGACAGAGGACGAAUGUUUUCCGUCAGAACCCAUCUUUGUGCCCUCGCCGGAUGCUGUGGAUGAAGAUGAUGGGGUCAUUCUGUCCUCUGUCAUCUCCCAGAAUCCAAAAAAGUCUCCCUUUCUGCUGGUCCUGGAUGCAAAAACCAUGAAAGAGCUUGCCCGAGCAACGAUCGAACACAGCAUGCACAUGGAUAUACACGGCAUCUUCAUCCCACAGCCGGACUCCUGCUAACAUGCUUUGAUGCUUCACCCUAAGUGUAGUAUUGGUCAGUGUUUGGUUAAACACUACUGCCAUCUGCUUAUGAUAUAAUGAAACUUUGGAAUGUGUCAAUGACACAUUUAAUGAUGUGAAGGACUGUAUGGUGGUUUCAAUUUAUCAAUAGUAAUAAUAGAUACUUUAUUGAUCCCUGUGGGGAAAUUCUCUUUACGCCUCUCCCAACUUGCCUUCUUAAGGGACAGCAAGGGGCAGCCACCUGUCGUGGCACCCAGGGAGUUGGGGAUUAAGGGCUGAGGCCGGGUUUGAAGCGGCGACCUUCUGAUCAGAGGCACGGAGGCUUAGCCCUCUGUUUGUUUUGCUUUUUGUUAGAAUGUGAUAUUCUGGGACUAUUUCAAUAGUUUAUUCAAAUGGGCCUUUUAAAUAUAACAGGUUAACCCUUAGGCCAGGGGUCACCAAAUCCAGUCCUGGAGAGCUACUAUCCAGUAGGUUUUCUAUCCUAAUUGGCUUCUGAUGAGCCACACCUGCUCCUGGUAUUUACCUGAGAACUAGUGUGGCUCAUUAGAAGCUGGGUAUGAUAGAAAACCUACUGGAUAGUAGCCCUCCAGGACCGGAGUUGGUGACCCCUGCCUUAGGCCUUGGUCCCACUUUCCAACUGUCCGCUAUAAUUCCAAUGUGAAUAUUUGCAAUGUUUAUUUGGAAUAUAGCCUCAUUUGGCCUGCGGGUGACUGUUCCGGCUGGCAAACUAAUGAUUUAGUUAAAAAAAAAGAAUCCGACCACACUAAGAACAGGUAGAUGUGAAUUAGCGUAUCUUACAUAAAUGCAGUUUUGUUCCCCUUAAGUAAAAUCCCUCACCAUUAUAUUACUCAGUCUGACAUUUUUAUUGUUUCUAGUUUCAAACAAUGCCUUUAUUUCAGAGUGAAGGGAAUUACUGAAGCAGAUUCUGAGUUGGAAAUUGCAUAGUGUCAUAAAAAACAGCACUCCAAAGUUCAGCAGAUAGAAACAUUCUAUCAUACUCUAUUCAACUUAGCAACUUUAUCUGUAAUAAAGACUGGUUAAUCAUAGUGUUUUUGCUAUCUAGUGUAAUUUAAAAAAUUAGAUUAGGACAAUAAAGCCAAUCAACACAACUGAUAACGGAAUUUACAGCUUAAGUUUUACCUGUGCAACACAGCAAAGAAAAUCUGAUCUGAUACCCUAUCAAUAAUCUAAUUAUAUAUAUGGCACUUUCAUGGAAUUCAGAUGAUAUGCAUUGCUGCUUAUGGUUGGGUAGAUCAGGAUAUUCUCCAAGGGUCUGAUUUCCACAGGUGUAUAUGUUAUUGCAGAAUAUUGCUGAAUCGAUGUAAAUGGGUUGUUAAAUGUUAUCUGUGAAAAAAACAGCUGCGAUUUUACCAGACCGGUCUCAUUUUGACAAGAAGCAUAACACCAGUGGCGUAGAUCUGGGUAUGGACAGAAGAGACAUGUCCCUACCAGCAUUACGAGACUGCUGUGUGUGUUUAGGGGGGUGGGGGGGGGGUUCAGGGGUGAUUUGGUUCCUGCCAUUGAUGAAACCAAAUCUACAGCCUUAUAUAACAGCAUAGGAUAGCAUCUUUUGUGAAGAAACCCUGACUCCUCUAUUUGAUUAUGCUAAACCCCGAUUUCAUUAUUAUUACAGCAAAAUUGUAUUAUUUUAGCAUGUAGUUGAAAUAUCCCCCCAUAACCCUGACUAGGAGUUACGGGCAAUCAGUGGAUCAAUGGAAUGGAUUUGUGGAUGUAUUUGUUAUCAUAUUUCACUGACACUGGAAUCUGAGUCAUAUUAUAAUAAAAAAUAUAUAAACUAA